AUGGCAACUGCUUCAGUAUUAACUCCUGUCAAACAACGCCGUGAUGGCAUCUUCUCCACGCGCCUCGCCGGUGGCCGUGCUCCCCUCACUCCCUCACCACAGACACCCAAGACCAGUGUCGUGCAAGAGGUGGGCGAGAGCAUCCACCACGGCAACGUCAACCUGAUCUCCCGCUUCUCGCGCUCCGUCAGCAAGACCAACGUGCGCGACUCGCCAAAGUCCAACAUUGCCGCACGUCACCCACUGUCACCACGCCGUCUCGAUCAGCAGACAAGCGACUACACACUUGGCUGCUCCGGCACCCGACCUGGCACCGCAAACGCAACCUCCGCAAAGAACACACCAUCUCGCCGGAUUGCAACACGCUCGGGCUCGACGCACCGCACUCCCAAGCGAAGCCAGGGAAAGAUCAACUACACUGCCGCUGAUCGCUUCAUCCCCAACCGGGACGCCAGCGAGGCCAUCUCCACCUCCGGUGCCGUCGUCAAACUUGAUGGCGAGCGCACACCCGGCCGCCGUCCAAAGUCCAGCGCCUCCCACGAUGGUAGCAGCUUCGACUUCGGCCGUCUUCAAUCUACUUCUGAUGCCACUGCAUCCCUCUCCCUCGAUGGCCUGUCCUUGAACGACAACGAGGACGACGARAUCAAGACCAAGCAGAGCCCCAACACCAUUGCCUACCAGCAGUCGGUCGCGGAAGCCUGUGGUGUCAGCAUGAAGCAGAGAAUCCUCGCUUUCAAGCCCGCAGCACCUGAGUCAUCUCGCCCUAUCGACCUCCGCUCUCAGUACAACCGUCCUCUCAAGCCUGUCGCAGCAUCAGCAUCCCAGUCUCGCCGCCGUGUCCUCACAGCUCCAGAGCGCGUGCUCGAUGCCCCUGGUCUUGUCGACGACUACUACCUCAACCUCCUCGACUGGUCCUCUGGCAACCAGGUGGCCAUUGGUCUUGAACGCAACGUUUAUGUCUGGUCAGCCGAGUCCGGUUCAGUCGCCAGUCUACUUGAAUGCCCUGCAGACACGUACAUCUCUUCUGUUAAGUGGAGCGGUGAUGGUGCUUAUGUUGCGGCCGGUCUUGGAACCGGUGAGGUCCAAAUCUGGGACGUCGAGGAUGGCACCAAGCUUCGUUCAAUGUACGGCCACGACACCCGCGUUAGUGCCAUGGGUUGGAACAAGCACAUUCUGUCCACCGGCGCACGCUCUGGUCUCGUGUACAACCACGAUGUUCGUAUUGCCCAGCACAAAGUCGCCGAGCUUGUCUCCCACACCUCCGAAGUUUGCGGUCUUGAGUGGCGCGCCGAUGGUGCCCAGCUUGCUACUGGCGGUAACGACAACCUCGUCACCAUCUGGGACGCUCGCUCGCUCAACGCCCCCAAGUUCCAGAAGACCAACCAUCACGCUGCAGUCAAGGCCAUCGCGUGGUGCCCAUGGCAAUCGAACCUUCUCGCUACUGGUGGCGGAUCCCAUGACAGACACAUCCACUUUUGGAACACGACCUCGGGUGCUCGCGUGAACAGCAUCGACACUGGCAGCCAGGUUACCUCGCUUCGCUGGUCGAUGGGAUACAAGGAGAUUGUAUCUUCCUCUGGAUUCCCUGACAACAGCCUGUCUAUCUGGAGCUACCCAACCUUGGUCAAGAACAUUGAGAUCCCUGCUCAUGAGUCCCGCGUUCUUCACUCGGCUCUCUCACCCGACGGUCAAAUGCUCGCUACCGCAGCGGCUGAUGAGUCGCUCAAGUUUUGGAAGGUCUUCGAGAAGAAGGCUGGCUCUGCAAACCUCGUUGCCGGCGGCAGCUCCUCUGCCAAGGCAAGCCUCACCAAGGCCACGACCAUUCGAUAA